AUGGACGCUGGAAGGGAUGUGGCUGUUCAGGUUCGCGACCUGCUCGGCUGCUUGUACGCCAUCGUCGAGAAGAAGGACCCGAACGCCCGGCAGGCGCUGCUCAAUCCUGCACGCGGCGUCGCCAAGGCAGUCAAGGACUUGACGGGAUGCGCCGAGUUGCUGAAGGCGACACGUGGCAGGCCCUCGGAUCCGACGGCCAUCGCCGAGAACGAACUGCUCGGCGCCGCCAGCGCCAUCGAAUCGGCGGCCGUCAAGUUGGCCGAGUUAAGGCCACGCCCACAGCCGAAGGUCGACGACAACCUGACGUUCGACGAGCAGAUCCUCGGCGCUGCUGUCGGUGAUGAACGCCGUGCAGACGCUGGUCCGGAGCGGCUGGGAAUGCAUAGCGCGAGCUCGUCGCCCAGGGAAGAC